CAUUUUUAAGGAUCCCUUGGCACACUAAAAUGUCCUCUACUUUGGGCCUAAUUACAGCGCUACUCUUGGCCAGCACAGUAUGCCAAGCCCUGCCAGAUUUGCACAAACAGAUGUCGCCGGAGCAGCUGCAGUCAGUCUUCCACGUGGACACCCACGACGCGGUGCCCCACUAUGAGCUGGUCCAGCUACUGCACCACGACAACCAUAAUCGCCGGAGGCGCAGCAUCGGCGACAGCCCAGCGAGAACCCUGCCGCCGCAUCACGUGAAAAAGGAUCUCAGCAAGAAUGCCUAUUACAGCGAACUGAAGCACCAGGCCAUGGGCUCGGGUGGCAAUCACCUGUAUGGGCCGUCUGUUAGUGACAUCAAGUCACACAAUGUAUCCUUCAGUGCCUUUGGCCAGAACCUGAAUCUGAGCCUCCGCGCCACCCAAGGACUCUUCAAGGGAGCGCCUCAUGAGCUGCGCAUGUGGAGCGUGGGCAGCGAGCCAAAUGCCACCCACGGCCUAGACCUGCAGGAGAUUGCCCAAGAAGAGCAUCACAAAAACCAAGUGGGCGAAGUCUUUCAGGAUGAGCAGAAUAUGGCUGCCAUUUUAAUGCGGCGUCAUGAAAAAACCGGCGAUUUGAUAAUGGAGGGUAGCAUUGGUCACGAUCUGGUGAUUAAGCCCUUGCCUCACGAGCUCAGUCCCAAUCCCGAGGAGUCGCAUCACAUCAUUUACAAACGCGAGGCAUCCGCAGCCGAAGAUCAACUGAGUGACUUUGCCUUCAUGGAACCUGAUGAUUUGCUGGCCAGUGAAAAGUUGGAGCGUCUGCAGCGUCGCCAGCGCCGCAGUCGCCGCAGCACUCCCAACAGUCCCGACUUCGAGGACCUCAACGACGAGGACGAGGGCGCCCUGGAGUCAGAGCCGCAGCCAUCCGAAUCCCGGACCCGAUCCCGGCGCCAGGCCCCGUACAUCAUCUAUCCAGAGGUCUUGGUUAUUGUCGACUACGAUGGCUAUCGGUUACAUGGCGGCGAUAAUUUGCAGGUCAAGAGAUACUUUAUUUCAUUCUGGAACGGAGUUGAUCUGAGAUACCGUCUGCUGAAGGGACCCAGAAUACGCAUCAGUAUUGCCGGCAUUAUUAUCUCCCGAGGACGCGAUGCCACCCCAUACUUGGAACGCAAUCGUGUGGGCCGUGAUGCCAUUGAUUCCGCCGCUGCCCUCACGGACAUGGGAAAGUAUCUGUUCCGAGAACGUCGCCUGCCCGUCUACGAUAUUGCCGUGGCCAUUACCAAACUCGAUAUGUGCCGUCGCACCUCCGCUUAUGGUGAAUGUAAUCGCGGUACCGCAGGCUUCGCUUACGUCGGUGGCGCAUGCGUGGUGAACAAGCGACUGGAGAAGGUGAACAGCGUGGCCAUCAUCGAAGAUACCGGUGGCUUCAGCGGCAUCAUUGUGGCCGCUCACGAAGUGGGACAUCUGUUGGGAGCGGUGCAUGACGGGUCGCCACCACCCAGCUACUUGGGCGGACCAGGAGCCCAGCGUUGCCGUUGGGAGGAUGGAUAUAUAAUGUCCGAUCUGCGUCACACGGAGCGGGGAUUUAGAUGGUCUGCCUGUACAGUACAGAGUUUCCAUCAUUUCCUCAACGGAGAUACUGCCACCUGCCUGCACAAUGCCCCGCAUGAGGACAGCGCCCUGGGUCGUUCACUGCCGGGCACUCUGCUCUCCCUGGAUGCCCAGUGCCGCAGAGAUCGAGGAACAUAUGCCUGCUUCAAGGACGAGCGAGUGUGCGCCCAACUGUUCUGCUUCGAUGCCCAGACAGGAUACUGUGUGGCCUACAGACCAGCGGCAGAAGGUUCGGCCUGUGGUAAUGGUUAUCAUUGUCUGGAUGGUCGGUGCACACCACUGCCCUCGAACAUCAUUCCUGAUUAUGGACACAACUAUCGUUUAGUCUACAAUAAAAUUGACAACAAGAAAGAUGCAAGCUCCGAGGCUACGGAGGAUGUUGAGAAUAGUAGCGAGGAGACCGAUUCCCAGGAGGAUGAUAAUGAGAAUGAGAACGAGAGUGAUGAGGAGGAGCAGGAUGAGGGCAACACUAGUAGCGAGGAGCACGAUGGCAAUCGUCAGGACAACAGGAUUGAUCAGAGCUCUGCUGCUGCGGCUGCGACGUCAACGACGACCACAACAACAACAACGACCACGACCACGACUACGGCUCGGCCUAAGUCCAAGUCCUUUGGCUAUCUGCAUCGCAUCCUGGCGGAGCAGCAAGCCCAAAGGGAUAACGGUGUUUUGGUCCAGACGCGCACCAGCAGCAGCGUUAGCAGUCGCCGCAAUGGUGAUCCUUACGCAACACCAACAAUAAUACCAACAACAACAUCAACAACUACAACAACUACACAAACACCAAACCUCUUACAAUAUUACACACACGAACUACGCAAACAAAUCGAAUACUAUCUACACAUGCUACAGACACAACAACAUGAAACCAAAUUGCAACCAGAACAACAGCAACAGCAGUCACAACAACAACAGUCGAUAGUUGAAAUACCUUUGGUACAAAAACGCCUUAAAAAUUAUAGUGUUACCAGCAGCAGCAGCAGCGUCAGCACGAGCAAUGGGUCAAAACAGCAACAGCAACAGAACAACAAGGACGAGAACCAGAGACAGCAGCAACAGCAACACGAGCAACAGGAGCAGCAACUGCUGCCCGAUGAGGAGAACGAGGCGACUGCCGGCAUUCAGAGCAAUGAAGCAAUUGAGCGGCAAAAACGUAAGUUCAACACACCAUCCACCAUAGCGACCAUUGUACCGUCAACGACAAUUGCUGGCAAAACAACUGCAACACAACAACAACAACAACAACAUCAACAAGCAUCACCAACCAUCGGGCCAAGUGCCAAGCCAACCAAUAAACCGAUAACAACUACAUCCUUUCUUGAUGCGUAUUUUAAAAAACUGCAAGCACUGCAUGAUGGAGCGGUGACAGCCACAACCACAACAACAUCUGUCUCAUCGUCCAUUAGCACGGCAACAGGCAGCAAUGUGCAACAGCAACAGCAGUGGCAAGGAUCCAGCACUGAUGGCGGCAGCUCCUUUUUAAAACGUACGCCAAACCGGAGUAGUAUUAAGGCUCACAAAACUAAUAGUAGUAGCAAUAGUAAUCAGCAACAUCGGCAAACAGUAUCGCCGGCUUACGUGACAAACUACAUUGGCGACACAACAAACAACCAGCCAAAGGUGUUGGACAGUAGUAGUUCGCCCAGUACCACGGAACAGGCGACAACAACGACAACGACAUCGCAGAGCAAGAAACCCAAAAUCAAAACACAAAAACUAAUACGCCGCACACGAGUCAUGUAGAAAAAAAAAAACAAAAUGCGAGAUGCGAUUAAGAACCCUACGUCCGUAAGCUACUACAUAAUGCUAGCCAGGAUAACCCCAUACAGAUCAAUUACAAAAAAAGCUGCUCUCCAGAACAGAACAAACAACAAAAUAUCAAAACCAAUCACACACACAAAACAAAAGCAACACGCAUCCAUACACUUGUCAAAUGCCAAACCGAUCGAAACCGAAACCGAAAUCGAUACCGAAAUCGUUAUCCUUGCGUGCGUGGUUAACUGGAAGCUGUUUCCGUUCUAGUGAGAAAUAUGGAGAUCGUCCGGAACUGGCACUGCCAUCGAAAUUGGAACGCAAAUGUUUGCAGUUAAAAAGUGUUUUUAGCUAGAAUUUAUUACUAUUAUAAUCUGUAUGAAACCCUAUUGAUUUGUUGUUAGUUCUAGCCGCAACUAAUUUAAAAUAUUGUCUGUUGAAAUCAACUCAAACAGCAAAGGGACGCGAUGCCACCUUCCCAAGUGCAUCCCGAAUGUUUGUUGUUCUGUUCAGUACAUGCAUAUAUUAUGUAAUGAUUUUAUGUAAUUUAAUUUAAUGCAAAUUCUUGUAAAAUAGUACAUAUUAUUCUGUAAUAACUUCAUUCUAAAAAAAAAACCCCCUUCGGCAGACUACCUAAAUUAUUAUCGGAGCCACAAAUUAAUCGGAAGGAAAAUUACCAAUCACCCCCCACUUUCCAAUGUGAUAAACAUAAAUAAUUUGUACUUUUUACUUAACAAAAUAUUUAUCAUUUUCUGUUAGAAAAUUGCUAGAAAGGUUGAGACAUGUUCGAGAACUAACCUUGCCGCACUUUUGCCUACAAGAAAACUUAAAUUUUCAUUUCAUUAUUGUAUUAAAAUUGUUAGAUUUCUAAAUUAAACGAAAACAAAAAAUUCAUUACUCUACGUUUACCUAGCAUAAUGCUCUUUUUUAUACAAAAAAAAAAAUGUAAUAGCUAAGUUUUAGUUGUAGUUAACUGAACAUCGUAUAAUAAAUGAAACUGUACAUUUAUCAAACAAAAAAAAAAAAACAAAAUUAAAGUUUAAGAAUAAACAUUAAAAAGUAUAUAUUUGUUCAUAAUUGUGGGGGUAUAAAAUGCCUCAUUGAAGUUAUUUUAACAUGACAAGUA